GAUUACGUGAUAUCAGGAAAAAAACAGUCUACAUUUCCUAAACCGACUGUACGGGUUUAUAUUCGAGAAAUGUCGGUCACACUAUAACUCAGCGCUAGGUGGCGUUACUGUGCGUAGUGCAUUAUGCCACUCAUCAAGCGACUAGUGGAGCCUGAAACGCUCAGUAAAGGGCGCAUCCCGCCUGAGAUCAAGCAUGAGCUGGAAUGUGUGACCAACAACACACUAGCGGGCACUCUCAAUCUGACAUGUGAAUCUGCCAUGACAAUCUGGGAUGAUGGGAAGGACGGUCUGAAGUUCUACACGGACCCGACAUAUUUCUUCGAGCUGUGGCGCCUCGAGAUGUUGAAGGACACAGACAAGGCCAAGCAAGACCGCAGCAAGAAGCCACGGCAUUCGCAGCAAAGCGGCCACAGGGGGGCGCACCGGCAGCGGCCGCGGCCGGCGAAGGAUAGCAGAGAGAAGUAUCGUGAGAAGGCGAUGGGAAACG